AUGAACCGCGCCUGCUGCUCCACUAGCCUGGGCGCGCACGGACGCCAGUCACAAAGCAGCCGCGACCAGGGCGGCGCUCGCCAAGGAGCGGGUCAAUUGGUAGUAGCACAUUUGGAUGGACUUGGACUUGGAGGACGUGGACGUGGACAUGGCCCAAGCAAGCCCCACGCUGCUCUACUGGUUGCCGGUUGCUGGUUGCUGCUGCUGCUUGGUGGUCACGACACAACAAGACAGGCGGAUUCCAGGCGUUGCAAGCGUCCAAAGCAGGUGUCAGUAUUCAGUUACCAGCCAGUACCAGUACCAGGUAUGAGCCACCACCACCACCAAGUCAAGUCAAGACUCUCAAUCAAGACCAUGGAGAGAUGGAUGAAUGCAUGGAGUGAGCAAGCGGCCGGGCGCGGCGUCUUGUUGCGGAGCUGCAGUGUGCUGAGUGGACGGCCCUCAGCAAACCACAAAGAUGGUCUUGGAACGCGGCCUCUCUGCGCUUUCUUUGCUGCUAGUGCACCACCAGAGUCAUGCUCUAUACGACGCCCACGGCCAACGGGCGGGUCAGAUGGCGUCAAGCAUCAAAUCAUGCCCGCCAAAAGGCAGGCAGAAAACGGUAGCGCUGGUGGUGGUAGUGGUGGUGGUGGUGGGCCUCGUCCAAUUCCUGCACCCUCCUACAUGGUUGGCCUGCUUGCUUGCCCGCCCUCUUAGCAGCAACACAUGAGAGAUUGUGAGAUCCCUUGCGCGUCACGGCCAGCUGCUGCGCGGAC